CAGUUUCAUAUGAAGUGUCGAUCUGGUUACCGUUUUGCUGAGUUAUGUGAUUGUUGAAAGUUAUUGUAACAUUGAUUAAACCCCUUUUGGGCUUACAAAGGUUAACACUUGGUUCAUCUAUCCGUCUUCAUUGGGUUCACCAGUAGCGUCCUCCUUCACCCUUCACCCUUUCAUCUAAAGCACAGCUUUAACUCAUCGAUAUUCAGUGAUUUUGUGUGUGUCUGUGUUUUGUUUUGUUUUGUGAUACAAAAAGACUUACAUUUUAAACCAAAUUUUUGGCCAAUUUUCACAUUAAAAAUUGGACAAUGUUAUCGACCAGUUCAAAUAUUAUUCAACUAUUCACUCGGUUUACAUUCAACUCUUUCAUCAACCUAUACUCAACCUCAUCAUCAUUAGCAUCAUGCAUAUUCGUCUUCUUGUACUUACUCUGUGUUAUUCCCUUCUCAGCUCCUCUUCCUAGGAAUCUUGAACUAGGUGGAAGCUGUCGUUCAUCUCUAGAAUGUUUAACCGCCAUUCCUCAUAGUCACUGUGAAUGGGAGGAAAGGAUAUGUACAUGUCAACCUUAUCAUAUUAAACUCAACAGCACUAUUUGUCUACCAGCUUCACUAUUAGGUUUUGGCUGCUCAAUUGAUGAACAAUGCACCAUGAAAGUGCCAAACAGCAUGUGUAUCAAUGGAUCCUGCCAAUGUAAAUCAAAUUUCGUCCAAAUCAGAAGAGAUAAAUGUUUAGCCCCUGCUAAGAUGGAUGAUUAUUGUCUUAAAGAUGAACAAUGUACCCUGGGUGGAAAGUAUACAAGGUGCAAAUUUAUUAUACCCAGAGUCUACGGUAAAUGUCGAUGUCCUCUUGGUUAUGUGGUAACUGAUGAUAAACAGUGUUUACCUUCCAUUGGAAGUAAAUGUGAAUUAAACAGUGAAUGCAGUAAAAUAACGCCUAAUAGUAUUUGCUCCAAAACAACUGGACAAUGUGAAUGUGAUGUUGAUUACAAAGCGUCUGAUGAUCGAUCCAAAUGUGAAUUGAUAUUUAAACCUUCAGAGACUCCUAAUGAUAUAAUUGAAGAGGAUAGUUCAUCUGCUCUCGAUUUAGGACCAGUUUCUUUGGGUAAACGAUGUCGAUCAUCCAUUGAAUGUCAAAUACGAGAUCCUUAUUCAGCUUGUAUCAACGGAAUAUGUGAAUGUUUAUCGCGAACCUCUAAAUGCAACUCAUUCAAUCCAGGCUGUCAUAAUGAUACAUUUCAAUGUCGCUCUGGUCAAUGUAUAUCAUGGUACUUUGUAUGUGACAAAACCAAAAACUGUGAGGAUGGAUCAGAUGAGGAUGAAUGUGAACCUUUCAAAUGUCCCCGGGAAGCAUUCCAAUGUGACGAUGGAUCUUGUCUCAGUCGAUCAGCUGUUUGCAAUGGCCGCUGGGAAUGUCCUGAUGGAAGUGAUGAGGCUAGAUGUUACAAGGGUAUUCCUUGUGAUAAAAAGUCUUUUAGAUGUAAAAGUGGUCAAUGUUUACCUCAAUAUACCUUUUGUAAUGCGGUAACCGAUUGUCUUGAUGGAUCUGAUGAGAUACAAUCUGUUUGUGAAUACUCAACCAAAUGCCCCAAGGGUAUGUUCCAAUGUGAAAACAAGAAAUGUCGAUCAACAGCAAUCCUCUGUUCUGGCGUUGACGGUUGUGGUGAUAAUAGUGAUGAAGAACGAUGUGAAGUUUGCUAUUGUGAAAAACCACCGAAUUAUUAAUUAUUUAUUAAAAUUCAUUUUAUAAUAAAUAAAAAACAUUUUUCUCACCUAAAUAAUUGCAAAGACUGAUUACAAUGACUGACAAUGAAAGGCCUGAAAGGAAGCAAAUCAACAAUAAUUUCAUUGUAAAUUUGAAUAUAAUUAUUAUUGAUAUAACAGUAAUCAGAAACCAUCGUGAAUCUCAUUGUAUUGUCCAAAAAAUGAUGUUAAUCAUAUAAUUUUGUUAAUCAUGGCAGAAAGAUUCAGGAGCAGAAAAAAAAGGAAUCACAAUUGGCCAUUAUUUCAAAUCAUAAUACACUUUGAAUGGUUCAAUGAUCUCUAAGCAAAACUGUCCUUCAACAUGAAAUAACGAGCAAUUAAUCUAAUUCUGACCAUUGGGAGACUAACUAUUAGCCAAUGAUAACCAAAUUUGUCUAAAUAAUUGCAAUAGUAUGAGUAAUUGGAAUCCUCUCAAGUCAUUUCCCAUGUAAAUAGCAAAUCGUAAAUAGUCAAGUUUUUGUAAUCAUAAGAAAUCUGCCUUCGAAUAGCAAGUGUAAACAAAACUCUUAAUCAGGUAAGAUAAAUGGUUAUUAUUCCGGUUUAAUUUACGGAACACACAAAUUUGUUGUGAAAAAAUGAAUGAAUUGAAUGACAAUUGUUUCCCAGUAACCGCAAGCUGAUCAAAUUUAACCCAGUAAUACAAAUACAACCAACAGAUUUGGGUUAACCACAGAGAGUCUAUAGCUUGCCCCAUUAGCUGUGGUUAAAUUGUGGUUGAUUUAAGUUGAAAAACACGGAAUCAUGCCAUUAAUAAAUGUUUAUAUCACAGUUCUGUCACAAUUAGUAAAUUUCUUGUCAUAGUGUUUCCCUCAUUUACCUAAAUCAUUUCCACUCUUGAGCCUUUUCCCUUUUACUUUCAUUAUUAUUCGUUUUCAUUUCUUUCUUUUUGUCAACUUGGUUCUAUUCAUUGCACAUUUUCAAUUGAAAUUGCCACUCCUGUUAACUGGUUAACUCGUUGUCCACAAUCACCAUCACCAUCAUCAUAAUCAUCAUCUGAACAUAAAUUAUAUUUCGUGUUACCUUGUAAAAAAAAGAGGUAAAAAAGAGAGAAAAGGCAAAAAUUUAUUCACAGCAAUCACAAUCAUCAACACAAUCAACAGCUCACUUUAACUCUCUUUGUUCCUCUAUUUUGAUUAACUCAGUUUCCAUCUUGAUUAAAAGCUGGUCACUUGAUUUUCAGCCAAUUUCAAUCACUUAUCAAGAAAAA